GGAUAAAGAUAUAUUUCUAAUUUAGAUAAUGAUAAGUUUAUACAAAUAAGCAAAAAGUUAAAAAGGAAAUUUAAGAAAUAUUAUGUGAAUGAGAUUUUAUAAACUUAUACUUUUAUGAAGAUUAGGGUUUUCUUCUUCGUGCAGUUCAUCAUCCCCUUUGUUUUUUUUUUGGUGCAAAUAUCAUCAUCCCCUUUGUUCUCAUAAAACUUAAAAAAAUGCCUCGCAUAGACAGGAUCAGUGCGUUGCAUGACGAUUUGCUGGUGAAUAUAUUGUCUCAAGUCCCGACAAAAGAUGCCGUGACAACCAUGGUUUUGUCCAAAAGAUGGGCUUUGGUCUGGACGAUGGUGCCUAAACUUGAAUACGAGGAUACAAGCAAAGAAGGGGGAAAGAACCUUUGGCGCUUAGUUGACAAGUCUUUGCAACUCCACAAAGCACCUGUACUAGAAAGCAUGCAUAUUCAAGCUGAACGCCAGUUUACGGACGAUGCAGAUGUUGGAAAGUGCGUCUCAUACGCUGUUGACCACAACGUUCGAGAGAUAUCUCUUAUUAUACCAUCCUUUAUUUUACCAUCUCAACCAAAGAUCCUGCUGCUACCAUCGAACUUUUACACCUCCAAAACGCUAGUGAAUCUGACUCUAUCAUGUAGUGCUCUCGUCGUUGAUGUUCCUUCCCUAGCUUGCUUUCCAUUCCUUCAGACGCUGGCCCUUCUCAAUGUUGUGUUUAAUGAUGAAAGCUCUCAUGCUAGGCUUCUAGCGAAUUGCCCUGCGCUCAGUUAUUUGCAUGUGAUCCGAUACUAUAGUGACAAUGUGACAAGGUUCAUUGUGAAAGUUCCUUCUUUAAAGAGUUUUACAUACACGGACAAUCACGAAAGAUAUUCUGCUAUGCCCUUGGUUUUAUAUUCCCCUGGAUUACAACACCUUAGUAUAUUUGAUUAUGGAGACCUUGGCUCGAUCCAGAACAUGCCUCACCUUGAAACGGCUUAUGUUGGUCACUUGGUUCCUCAGCCAAAUGACAAGUUUCUGAGAUCUUUUUCCUCUGUCGGGAGUCUCCAUUUGAGAUUGAUGGACGUUGAAUGUUUUAGCGCCAUUAAUUUCCCUCGGCUCAUGAAGUUUAAACUGCAUCUUUUUAAACCAAGUUUCUCAGAGUUAAGGCCAGGUUACUCAGAGUACUGUUCAUUAGAACCACUUAUGCUUUUCCUACAUAACUCCCCUAUACUAAAAGUUCUUACGAUCAGCUACGGUGUGGGUCUUUACUACGAGGACCUCCCACUUUCGUGGAACCAACAAAGUUCUGUACCCGGAUGCUUGUUGGCCCAUCUCGAAAUCUUUGUGUGGGAUAAGUUUGGGGGAAGAAGAAGACAAGAGAGAGAAUGUGUGGAAUACAUCCUUGCAAACUCAAAGUGUUUAAAGACGGCCACAGUCUCCUUCCAAGAUGUUACUACAGUCUCGAGGAGAAAGAGAAGAUGGUGGGGGACAUAAAAUCUUUGUAUAGGGUUUCAACAUCAUCUCAGCUGAUAACCCAUUCGGAUUCUACAAAUCCUGGAAGGGCAACGACUUGAGAAAUAAAAAAUUUCUUCUGUGGACCUUUUGGUAUGAACACUUUGCUGAUGAGAAUAACUUUAAUUCUCUGACAUGCUAAAAUACUAGAUUCAUAUUUUUGUUCAUGGUCUUUUGCCAUAUUUUCACCCCUUUUUUUGACGUCGCAUAUUUUCACUUUAUAUAUGACUAUUAGCAAGCAAAUGUUGUUGUUUUUUUGGACGAAAGCACGCAAAUGUUGUUUGAGAUUAAGAAAAAAUGAUUUGUUUGAUUCUUUAACUUACACAUGAUCCUUGCUUUUGUCGUGUAGGGAGAUUAAUCUUUGGUUCUGAAAUGAAGACUCUUUCUUCAACUCUAUCUUCUCCUAACUUGCGUAUUUAUCAUAAAAAAACUCGGUUUCUAGAAAACAGAUAGAGAAGCUUUGUUAAUUCCGGCUUUAACAUUGUUUUUCAUAACUUGGAAUUAUACACUUACUCAAAAGAGCGAUUGAUAAGUGUUAUUCAUUCUUGCUCGAACCUUUUACAGUAAAGCUAGGAGAAUCUGCAUUUAUAUAGUCUCUAGCCAAAGUUUCUCAUAAUAUAAUAUUUGUUAUAAUGUAAUAUUACAAUUAAUUAAUAUAUGUAUUGUUGGUCUCUUUUUCAUCUGCCGAUGUAUUGUCCCCCAGUUACUAUGAUACGUAAAGAACUAAAGAUA